AUGGCCCAAGUAGCAAUGUCUACCCUGCCCGUCGAAGAUGAGGAGUCCUCGGAGAGCAGGAUGGUGGUGACGUUCCUUAUGUCUGCUCUUGAGUCCAUGUGUAAAGAAUUGGCCAAGUCCAAGGCAGAAGUGGCCUGUAUCGCAGUGUAUGAAACAGAUGUGUUUGUCGUUGGAACCGAGAGAGGACGUGCUUUUGUCAACACCAGAAAGGAUUUUCAGAAAGAUUUUGUAAAAUAUUGUGUUGAAGAAGAGGAAAAGGCUGCAGAGAUGCAUAAGAUGAAAUCUACAACCCCAGCAAAUCGGAUGAGUGUAGACGCUGUAGAGAUUGAAACGCUCAGGAAAACAGUUGAGGACUAUUUCUGCUUUUGCUAUGGGAAAGCUUUAGGCAAAUCAACAGUGGUCCCUGUUCCAUAUGAGAAGAUGUUACGAGAUCAGUCAGCUGUGGUUGUGCAGGGGCUUCCGGAAGGAGUUGCCUUUAAACACCCCGAGAACUAUGAUCUUGCCACCUUGAAAUGGAUUUUAGAGAACAAAGCAGGAAUUUCAUUUAUUAUUAAGAGACCUUUCCUGGAGCCAAAGAAGCACCUAGGUGGUCGUGUGAUGGUAACAGACGCUGAAAGGUCAAUGCUAUCUCCAGGUGGAAGCUGUGGCCCCAUCAAAGUGAAAACUGAGCCCACAGAAGAUUCUGGUAUUUCCCUGGAAAUGGCAGCUGUGACAGUAAAGGAAGAAUCAGAAGAUCCUGAUUACUAUCAAUAUAACAUUCAAGCAGGCCCUUCCGAAACUGAUGAUGUUGAUGACAAACUCCCCCUUUCGAAGUCUUUACAAGGAAGCCAUCAUUCUUCCGAGGGCAAUGAAGGAACAGAAAUGGAAGUACCAGCCGAAGAUUCUACUCAGCAUGUCCCUUCAGAAACAAGUGAGGACCCUGAAGUUGAGGUGACUAUUGAAGAUGAUGAUUACUCUCCACCUACCAAGAGACCAAAGAGCAGCGAGCCGCCCCAGCCACCAGUCACGGAGCCUGCCAAUGCUGGGAAGCGGAAAGUGAGGGAGUUCAACUUCGAGAAGUGGAAUGCUCGAAUUACUGAUCUCCGUAAACAAGUGGAAGAGUUGUUUGAAAGAAAAUAUGCUCAAGCUAUAAAAGCCAAAGGUCCUGUGACGAUCCCGUACCCUCUUUUCCAGUCACACGUUGAAGAUCUUUAUGUAGAAGGACUUCCGGAAGGAAUUCCUUUUAGGAGACCGUCUACUUAUGGAAUUCCUCGCCUUGAGAGGAUAUUACUUGCAAAGGAAAGGAUUCGUUUUGUGAUUAAGAAACAUGAACUUCUGAAUUCAACACGUGAAGACUUACAGCUUGAUAAACCCGCUUCAGGAGUGAAGGAAGAGUGGUAUGCCAGAAUCACUAAAUUACGAAAGAUGGUAGACCAGCUUUUCUGCAAAAAAUUUGCGGAAGCGCUGGGGAGUACGGAGGCCAAGGCCGUACCUUACCAGAAGUUCGAAGCACAUCCUAAUGACCUCUACGUGGAAGGACUGCCCGAAAACAUUCCUUUCAGAAGUCCCUCGUGGUACGGAAUCCCAAGGCUGGAGAAAAUCAUUCAAGUGGGCAAUCGAAUUAAGUUUGUUAUCAAAAGACCGGAGCUUCUGACUCACAGUACUACUGAAGUCACUCAGCCGAGAACGAAUACUCCAGUCAAAGAAGAUUGGAAUGUCAGAAUUACCAAGCUACGGAAGCAAGUGGAGGAGAUUUUUAAUUUGAAAUUUGCUCAAGCUCUUGGACUCACAGAGGCAGUAAAAGUACCAUACCCUGUGUUUGAAUCAAACCCCGAGUUCCUUUAUGUAGAAGGCUUGCCAGAAGGAAUUCCCUUCCGAAGCCCUACCUGGUUUGGAAUCCCACGACUUGAAAGGAUUGUCCGUGGGAGUAAUAAAAUCAAGUUUGUUGUUAAAAAACCUGAACUAGUUAUCUCCUAUUUGCCUCCGGGAAUGGCUAGCAAAAUAAACACUAAAGCCUUGCAGUCCCCAAAAAGACCACGAAGCCCUGGGAGUAAUUCAAAAGUUCCUGAAAUUGAGGUCACUGUGGAAGGCCCUAAUAACAACAACCCUCAAACCUCAGCAGUUCGAACCCCUACUCAGACUAAUGGUUCUAAUGUUCCCUUCAAGCCUCGAGGGAGAGAGUUUUCCUUUGAGGCCUGGAAUGCCAAGAUCACAGACCUAAAACAGAAAGUUGAAAAUCUUUUCAAUGAAAAAUGCGGCGAAGCUCUCGGCCUCAAGCAAGCUGUGAAAGUGCCGUUUGCAUUAUUUGAGUCUUUCCCGGAAGACUUCUAUGUGGAGGGCCUGCCUGAGGGCGUACCCUUCCGGCGGCCGUCUACUUUUGGCAUCCCAAGGCUGGAGAAGAUACUCAGAAACAAGGCCAAAAUCAAGUUCAUCAUUAAAAAGCCUGAAAUGUUUGAGACCGCAAUUAAGGAGAGCACAUCCUCCUCGAAGAGCCCUCCGAGAAAAAUAAAUUCAUCGCCCAAUGUUAAUACUACUGCAUCUGGUGUUGAAGAUCUUAACAUCAUUCAGGUGACGAUUCCAGAUGAUGAUAAUGAAAGGCUGUCAAAAGUCGAAAAAGCGAGACAGCUCAGAGAGCAAGUGAACGACCUCUUCAGUCGGAAAUUCGGUGAAGCUAUUGGUAUGGGUUUCCCUGUGAAAGUUCCCUACAGGAAAAUCACAAUUAACCCUGGCUGUGUGGUGGUUGACGGCAUGCCUCCUGGAGUGUCAUUCAAAGCCCCCAGUUACCUGGAAAUCAGCUCCAUGAGAAGGAUCUUAGAUUCUGCCGAGUUCAUUAAAUUCACAGUCAUUCGACCAUUUCCGGGACUUGUGAUUAAUAACCAGUUGGUCGAUCAGAGUGAGUCAGAAGGCCCAGUGAUACAAGAAUCCGCUGAGCCAAGCCAGUUGGAGGGCCCUGCAACGGAAGAAAUAAAGGAGACUGACGGAAACUCUCAGAUCAAGCAAGAACCAGACCCUACGUGGUAGACCUCUU